UAUCGGAAAUUAGUCAGAAACCUGUAGGAUCAGUGUAAUCAGUUCAGGUGUACUGUGCUAACGAGUAUAAUAACAAUAUACGCUGCAACGGUGUCGCAACACUCGUCCCAAUACGAUAUAUAUACUAUCCUUUCGUGCUUUCGAAGUUCAGUAGUAGUUCCGGCGGUGCACUACUCAGUCGCCGACUUCCUAAGUAUCUCGACAGAGAUAACGUUCACAUCGACACCACAACGCGCUUUCCCGAAGUCCUGUCUACAGUUUGAUGGUCGGUAACGCAAAAUCUACAAUGCUGAAAGCCAGUUUGUCAUCGAAGAGGUUGUCGUUGGACGAUUGCAGGAAGCCGUCCAUGAAGAUGCUCAACGCUUUCGGUCUGGACACGUCGCCGCUGUGCGCAGAAGCUUGCGCACUGGCCGAACGUGAACUCCGUGAGACCCCGGAACAGGUGCAGAAGUCGUUGGCCGAACUCAGAGAGUUGCUCAAAGAGAAGAAUACGAUGUCGUACAAGGACACCGACGAAUACUUGAUGAUAUUCUUGAGACCGACCCAUUUCUACGCCCAGAGUGCAUACGAUCUGAUGAAACGUUUGGCCACGUUCAAAGAUAAAAACGAGAAAAUCGUCGCCAACCCUUUGCCGAGAGAAGAGAAGUCAUUGUUUACCGAAAACAACGUUGUCAAUGUGCUCGUCGACAGAGAUCAAAAGAACAGGAGAGUCUUAAUCCUAAACAUGGGAUCGGCUUGGGACCCGAAAAGUCUUAACAGCGAACAGUUGUUCAAAGUUCUUUACCUGAUCCAAAUCGCAUCGUUGGUGGAAGAAGAAACUCAAGUCCGUGGCGUGGUCAUCAUCAUCGACUUCCAUGGGCUGUCCACCAAACAGGUCAUGGCCAUGUCACCAUCGUUCGCAAUGACAUUGCUUCUUUACAUCCAAGAAGCCAUGCCACUCCGUAUGAAGGAAGUGCACAUUGUUCGUCAGCCGUUCUUGUUCAACAUGGUGUGGCCGAUGUUCAAACAAUUUGUUGGAGACAAACUCAAGAAACGUCUGUUUUUCCACGGUAACAAGAUGUCGUCUCUGCACAAGCAUUUGGACGCUAACAUGCUCCCCGAAGACUAUGGUGGCAAGAAACCCAAGUUGAACUACUCGAGCGCCGAUUGGUACCCUGUAAUGCAGGACCUUCAGAACUACAUCGCAGACUGGAACACGUAUGGAUUGAAAAAGUAAUGACUACGGCAACAAUCGGAAACGGCUCAUGAAAAUGUUUGCGGUCACUUGGGCAGUAAACUGAAUACGAUACUCUACAUAUUUAUUGGAACUCAUAGAAUAAUAAUAAUCAUAAUCAAAAAAGAAAAACUUUUCAACGGUAGUAAACAUUAUAUGGGCCUAGAUAUAAUGCGUUUUAUAAUAUUAUUAUCAUAUUAAGUUUUAAUAAUGGUGUUCCCAUUAAGGGCAAGGUGUUUUAAAAAUGGCACGGUUUUAAUUCAUUUGCGCGUUUUUUGCAAACCACAAACUAAGUUUUCACCUCGAUGUUGUCAUAAUUUGUAAUAUUUAUUUAUUUAAUGAACAAGAGCCAUUAUAAUAUAUAAUAAUAAUAUAUACAUAAAUAUAUAUAUUUAUUCGAUGAUGGAUAAAUAAAUAUGUUUAUGAUUUGAUUAUUACACGGGCUUUUAGUUGUGCAUUUAAAUACAAAUGUAACGGUUAGUCGUCAAUAUAUAUAUAAUAAAUUACAUUUCAGAUAUGAAAUUGUUUCUUAAUGGCUUUAUGUCUUUUUAUUUUUUUCCAUUUUAUACCUAUUUUUUUUUUUAUUGAAUAUUAUCUCUUUUAAGGACACAUAUGUUACCUAUAGUUGUUUUAUAGAACCUUAGUUUUUAAGUUGUAUUUUAUAUGCGUAUACAUAGUUUUAGAAUCAAACAGUUCGAUUAUUGGAAAGUGAUAUAAAAGUAGUAUUUUUGUAUUCAAUUAUAAUAUGCUAAGUACAGUAUACUCGAAUUGAAAUAUGUCGAUAUUAAUUUAUAGUAAAUAUAUUAUCAAUAACUCUGCGGUUGUAAAAAAUCUAAACCAGCUGUUAUUUUAUUUUAAACGAAAAUAAAAAUCAAUUUACGAUACCA